CUCGGGUCGGCCGAGCGCAAAUGUGCGCUCUACGUGCUGACAGCCGCGUCUCGUUCGAGCUGGUCUCGCCUGAGAUCUCGUUCGCAGAUCACGAGAGCGCGUCUGAACGUCUGACCGUCGCUGGAACCAGAGCCGAAAGAUGUGCCUGGCCUGACGGACGUCCCGAGUCGAAAUCCUAGAGGAGAGGACGUCUCUGCCACAGUGAACAUCCCUCGUUUCAGUGUGUGUUCGUCGCUCCGUUUUCCUCUCGCUCGCUCGGCUGUCUCUCUCGCUCCGUGUCUCUGCCAGUAGUCUGUCUCUCCGUUACUCGCUGCUUCUGUCCCAGUCACACACACGCAUACACACACACGCCAACCGUCUCUCCCUCUUUCUCUCUCGACGUCGUCGUCCCUCUGUCGGCCCAUCGAGAUCGAGGGGUAAAAGUGGCGCGAGCACGGGCAGACCCAGCCGGAGACUGGCGGCGUCCGAGGCACUGGCGGAGCUGUGGUACACGAGAUCAGGAUGAAAUCGAGGAGCAACAUAGCUGUAUCGAUCCUCCAUCAAGAUCGCCAAAGUUACGAGGUCGUUAGAGAAGGUACGUUCGCGUAAAGAUCUCGGGCAAAGUUUGUCGUUGCUGGUGGAGGAUUGACAGCCUCCGGCAGGGCAGGUCUCUGGGAGAAGACAGGAGAUUCCGGAAGCGGAGACGGACCAGGUGCGAGCUACCAGGAGGGCCUAGCACCUGGCUGUUUAGCGGCUGUUGGCAAAGGGGGGGUGACGGGUAACAGCACCUAAGGGCGGGUGGGGGGAUGCAGCUCGAAAGGGUGGCGGCAUGGAGCAGCCCUCGCUGGAGGCUGUCAUGCAGGCGAGCCUCAUCUUCGUGGUCGGUGUCGCCAUCAUCUGCUCGAAUCUCCUCAUCAUCAUCACCUACCUUAAUUUCCGUGGUCCCUCCGAGGUGAUAAAGUACUACUUGCUGUCUCUCGCGUCGGCGGACCUUCUUUGUGGUAUGCUGGUGGUUCCGCUCUCGGUGUAUCCGGCGCUGGUGCGAAGAUGGGUCUAUGGGGACGUCGUGUGUCGUUUCGUCGGCUAUUUGGAGGUUACUCUCUGGGCGGUAUCUGCCUACACCUUCAUGUGGAUCUCCGUGGAUCGGUAUUUGGCCAUCAGGAAACCACUGCGAUACGAGACCGUGCAGACGAAGACCCGAUGCCAGUGCUGGAUGGUCUUCACGUGGAUCAGCCUGGCGAUGAUAUGUUGCCCGCCCCUGCUAGGUUUCCAGAAGCCGAUUUUCGACCGGGAGGCGUUCAUCUGCAUGCUCGACUGGGGCAACAUGGCCGCCUAUAGCAUCACUCUGUCGAUCCUCGUGCUAGGCCCAUCGGUCAUCACCAUCGUCUACACCUACUGCUACAUCUUCAUGAUGAUGAGGAAGCUAAAGUCCGGCGUACUGAUCCACGACAAGGAGUACGCGACUGCGCUCUCGGAAAACCUGAGCAAUCCGAGUCACAUUAUAUCCUUUGUCCUGGUGAUGGCUUUCUGGCUAUCCUGGGCACCGUUUGCCGUUCUCCGGAUAUACGCUGUCGUUAACGGACCGCCGCAGGUACCGUUUCUCCACUUUGCGGUUGUGUGGCUGGGGGUGAUGAACAGUUUUUGGAAAGCGGUGGUCCUCGGAACCAUGAGCCCGCAGUUUCGGCUGGCAGUCCGCGUGCUCUGUCUGACACUCUGCUGCCGGCACAGACGACUUCCGCCGGAGCUGCUCGGCCUCGACGACGACGAUUAAACGCCAAACGCCUACGAGAACAAGAGGGGAAACGCUUUCCUUUUCUGCGCGCGAGCGUUCUACAACACGCGCCCCAUUCCUAGAGCAUCGCUUUUCAUCUCUCGGUAUUCGAGGUCGUUUCUUGCAUCCACCACCGUUCACUCGGAGCCUUCUUCGAGGGCUGAGACUGAGAUUCUUUGUUCCGUAAGGUGCUACCACGACGUCCGACGACAAACGAUCAAUCUGCUCGCACUUGCAGAACGGGCAGUACAAUUUCAGGCAGCUAUUAAGGAGAAUGAUCUUCGUCAACCGACAAUUUUCGACGAUCCAGCAGCGUCGAACGAUCUAGCUCCGAGGAAGAUCCUCUUCUUCCUACAAUCGGCACUCGAGAAACUGAUCCUUAAAUGUCUGAUCGAAAGCUUAUCUCCGCGCUAUUUUCUUUCGAAUCCCUAGUCACGAAACGAGACGAGCAAUUGAAAUUUCUGUCAAAUUCGAAUUUUCGCGCGUAAAACGUGGAUCUAACGAAUCCCGAAAGUCGGCCGGAAAAAUUAGGAAAAGAAUUAGAAGGAAAUGCAGGAACGGCGUGUGAGAGUGCAAGGCUGUCCCCUUUUCUAUACGACUGCGAUUUAAAUACAAUCGAUCAUGCAUAUACACGCGACUGCUAUUAAAAGAACGGCGUUAUCGACGAAAGGAACGUGGUGAACGGCCGAAAGAAAGAAUCGAAGCUCAGCCUGGGGCGCGUUCGUGGAGCGAUGAAGAUUGUCGAAGGAGGCUGCAGCGAUCAUCGUCGACGGAUCGUCGAUCGAGGAACAGCUUCCUGUUCGUUGAUGAUAAUUCCCUGUGCGA